UGCAGCCAAAAUAUUAGAACCUCCCUUCUGGGAAUGUAAUGCAGUUAAAGCCAAUUACACAGUGAAGGGUGUGCCUAAUAAAGUGUACAGUGGGUGUAAAUAGAAAAUUAUUUUAAACUUUUUUUAAACAAUUAAAGAAAGUUCCUUAACGAUAAUAUUAACAUAUUCCAUUUCAUUACAUUUCUUCAAUCAACAUUGCUCCAAGACGAAAAGUUAAUUUGAAGCGACAUAGCAACAGCGCUGACGGACUGGCGAGUGGCGGCUGUCAAUGAUGUCACUCAAAUGCCGCAUCCUCAUUGGGUAAUAAAGACGCCCAUCAUGAAAGAGUCUCCGCCCACCAGCGCCGUCGCGGCUUUCCGCGCAAGCCUUUGAAGUCUACUGGGCGGUGCCAAGCAAAUUAUGCCAUGUGGUGUUCCGGAACGGCGUUCUGAUUGGUCUACACAACUCCCAUUAGACACCCAGUACGGGAAGAAUAGCCCUCUCUGAUUGGUCAGAUCCCCCAUCCCCAGAUUCGCCGUCGCGCGUUCACAGCACUCCGGUAUUCUCCAAUCGACUAUACGUUAACAGCGUGGGUAUGACACGUUCGUCCGCACGUGUACGCAAACGGCUUAGCUAACGUGCGUAGCGACAAAGACUGCGAGCCCGAGACCGACAGGGGAAGGAAUAAAAAAGAGAAAUCCAGCACCGUCGCUUUCCAUAAUCCAACAGUGUUCUACUUGGAAGUCGCAAGUGGAAUUUAACGUCAGCUCAGGUUGGGCGUUCGUCAACGGUUGUGCCUUGCGAACGCUGAAGACGGGGGUUUUUUUUUCUUUUUUUUUCGUGGGGGGGAGGAAAGUAGAGUGGCUGCCGCUGGACGUUCUGUAAGGCUCGGCUACGGCGAGGGAGCCGCCAUGGCAGUGGGUUCACGUCGGCUCCACAUCGGAAUAUGAAGAGGAACUGGACGGGCCGCAAAACGCCGCAUUUAGCCUACAUGCUAACCUUAACGUCCGAGUGAAACCCACCCUGGAUUCGGAGUGAAUUAAUAUUAUAUAUUUUUGAAAAAAGCCACCCGCAGAGGAGGCCCAAUUAAUGAGCGUUUUGGAAAGGGACGUCUGUUCCUAAAGGGCCGCCUUCACAAGAUUCCCAAGAGGGGGGAUAAUGCACACUUUUGGCCAGGAAGUCUUCAUUUAUUAGGCCAGCGUCUCCUCUUCUGCCUUCGCCCUUGGGCAACACGUUUGCUGCCAUUCACCUGCCCCUAUUUUUUUUUUUUAAAUUUUAUUUAUAUAUUUUUUGGUGGAUGCAAAGCUUCAGAAAUCCCAUCCGUGGCUAAAGCGAGAACCGCCAGCGAGCGCUUUGAACAUGUCAAGUCGGCCCAGGACCACCUCCUUCGCGGAAAGCUGCAAGCCGGUGCCGCAGCCGUCCGCCUUCGGCAGCAUGAAAGUCAGCCGGGACAAAGAUGGCAGCAAGGUAACGACAGUGAUGGCCACACCCGGCCAAGGCCCCGACCGGCCACAGGAGGUGAGCUACACGGACACGAAGGUCAUCGGCAACGGUUCGUUCGGCGUCGUCUACCAGGCCAAGCUGUGUGACUCGGGAGAGUUGGUGGCCAUCAAGAAGGUGCUGCAGGACAAGAGGUUCAAGAACCGUGAGCUGCAGAUUAUGAGAAAGUUGGACCACUGUAACAUUGUCCGCCUGCGCUACUUCUUCUAUUCCAGUGGAGACAAGAAAGAUGAGGUGUACCUAAACCUGGUCCUGGACUACGUACCCGAGACGGUCUACAGAGUGGCCAGACACUACAGCCGAGCCAAACAGACCCUGCCCAUGGUUUAUGUCAAGCUUUACAUGUACCAGCUGUUCAGAAGUCUGGCCUACAUCCAUUCAUUCGGCAUCUGCCAUCGGGACAUCAAGCCUCAGAACUUGCUGCUGGAUCCCGAGACGGCCGUCCUGAAACUUUGCGACUUCGGCAGUGCCAAGCAGCUUGUCCGUGGCGAGCCCAACGUGUCCUACAUCUGCUCUCGCUACUAUCGAGCCCCCGAGCUCAUCUUUGGGGCCACCGACUACACCUCCAGCAUCGAUGUGUGGUCAGCAGGCUGCGUGCUAGCCGAGCUGUUGCUAGGACAACCAAUCUUCCCCGGUGACAGCGGAGUAGAUCAAUUGGUUGAAAUUAUCAAGGUUCUCGGGACUCCGACCCGGGAACAAAUCCGCGAGAUGAACCCCAACUACACAGAGUUCAAAUUCCCCCAGAUUAAGGCCCAUCCUUGGACUAAGGUGAGUCAACAGACGUCUGUGUGUGCGAUGGGUGUGCAGGUGUUCCGGCCACGUACGCCCCCCGAGGCCAUCGCCCUGUGCUCGCGCCUGCUGGAGUACACGCCCACCGCGCGGCUCACGCCCCUCGAGGCCUGCGCGCACUCUUUCUUUGACGAGCUGCGCGACCCCAACGUCAAGCUGCCCAACGGCCGCGAGAAGCCUUCCCUCUUCAAUUUCACCACCCAAGAGCUGUCAAGUAAUCCGUCUUUGGCGUCUAUACUCAUCCCCGCCCAUGCUCGCAGUCAGGCCGCCGCCUCCACCCCAACCAACGCCUCUGCCAAUACAGAUGGUGGCAACACGGAGCGAGCGCCCAACAGCACCACCGCCUCGGCUUCCGCCUCCAACUCCGCUUCCUGAGCGCCGCUGCCACCUUCCGCCCAUCUCAGCCAACACCCCCUUAAACGCUCCCUGCCCCACCCCUCUCCCCCCAAUGGUUGUUUUCGGCCAGUGCAACAGGCUACAACCACAAAUUUCUGCCUUUUACCUCCCCUGCAACCCCCCCACCUCCAGUGGCUCGCCACCCAGUCGUUGGUUGUCGGCCUGCGGCAACCUUUCAAAGGGCGGCGGCCACGGUAGCCACAGGUGUGUGAACUAAAGAUAAACGUACACACACAGAGCUUGUCUGCUGAUGUUUUCAAGGACGAUUGUAUGUAUUAAAAAAGGAAAGAAAAUAAUAAUCUGAAGGCCCCCCCCCCCCCCAGCCCUCCUUCCCAUUGGGCACCCAUCCAGCCCCAGCGGGCCCAAUCUAAGGCAUCCUCACCCCCCCCCCCCCCCCAAUUCUUCUUACUAUAUAGUGCAUGGCCUGAGAAUGGUUAGGGGUUGGGGGUGCCGGGGUUGGUUGGGUGGGGUGCAGUCAAGGCAUGAGGCUCGUGCAAGCGUACACACACACGGACACACGCACACACACUCGCACACAAACACACACGAAUGCAUGUGCAGAGAAGCAAAUCCAGAUGGGAAUUUUCUUUUCCUUUAGCAAGGGGUUGUGUUUCAAAUGCUUAGCAAGCUGUUUUACUCGAUUAUGUUUUAAAAUAUUUUUCUACCCGCCUCGGGCAAUUGUUUUAUUUUUUUUUGUGUCAGAUGUGACAUGUUUAUCUGGUCCUGUGUGCUUGUAUAAUAUAUACAUAUAAAAGAAUGCAUUACAUACACAGUUUAUAUAUUACUUUUCUUUAUGUAUAAAAAGUAUGUAUAGAUAUAUGUAUAUUAACCACCAUGGUUCACAAGUCUGUUAAUGGGUGAGCUAUUUUAUGUCACGGGCGGUGGCAAUAUUUGCUGCUGACAAGAAACAAUAGAAAUAGAUAACGUGAUUUUUUUUUUUUUCUUCUCUGUGGUUUUGCUGGAAUGUGCUAAAAUUCUAGCAUCUCUUUUUUUUUUCCGCCCUCCCUUUUCCAUUUGUCAUCUUCAUUGAAGUUGUAGCCCAAGGUGGGGAACCUCUCUACGUAUAUAACUUGCCAUGCUAGUAAAAAACAAAAAACAAAUGCAAAUUCAGUGACAUUUUGUAUUAAAUUAAUGAUAACUACAUAGUAAUAAAUGAGUUAGAUCGGUGCAUCAUGUUUAAUUUGAUUUUAGCAGGGCCUUCGGACAAAAAUGAUAAAAGCUGAAAGAGCCCUCGAUUGGACCAACUAAAAUGGCAGUUGGUCGGAAACCGCAAUGAAUUGUCGGCAUAAAACUUAAAAUGGUUUGAAAUGCUAAAAUUGCUUCUUAUUGGGAUAUAUCAAAUUAACACAGAUUGGACCUAAUCUGGCGAAAUAAAUAAACUGGCCAUUGACGAGAAAAACUUCAAAUGGCUCAUCAUUGGACAAACUAAAAUGAAAACUAUAAUGGAAUAAAAGAAAAUGACCCCUGGUUGGAAAAAGCCAAAUUCUAUUUGGCGAGAUAAUGGAUCGGACUGAAGGCCCCUAAAAACGUUCCCCACCCUUCCCCAUGGAGUCCUUUUUUUUUAACCACUAAGAUGUCCCCUUAGCGUCGUACUGCGUUUGCUAGUCCGUCAAACUGUCGUCUUUUUAACAGAUAACGCUCAACUACACGUGAAAAAAAAAAAAGCUGAAUUUGUACAUACAGUGUAAGUGCGCAUCACCAAAAGUCAUUUUUAGGUCAGUUUUCUUUUUGUGUUAUGUACAUAUGCAGACCCAUGUACUGUUUGAAAAGAAAAGAAAAAAAAAAGAAAAACCGGCAGAAUCAGGGCAAAUGUUGAGCGGUGUACGGAUAUUUUCGAUGACCUUUUACCCAGCCAUAUGUCCGAUGUUGACCUGUACAGUACAAUAGAUGAUCUUCUUGUAAUGACAACUAGUCAUGUAUAGUGUAACUAUAUAGUUUGGAGUGCCUUUGCUUUCAUACACCUUCGCCUUGUGGCCGCCCUCCCCAGUAAUUGUGACUCGCUCCCUUUUCCCUUUGGUGCUGUUGAAUGCCUACCCCCCCCCCCCUCACCCCCCAAAAAAAUAACACACACACAGCCUGACACACUUAAUUUUAAUAUACAGAUUGCUCAUUGAUUGUUCAUAAUAAGGAUAGUUUCAGUUUAGUGAUUAUUUUGACUAGGUGGAAUUUUUUUGGGGGGACAAGCACACAGCACCGCAGUAAUCGUCGCACGGACCUCAAAUGAAGCUUUUUGACACAUGCGCGCGCACAAAAAAAAUUGCAUAUUGUGAAAUUGAGUGCAGUGUUACAAAGGAGUAUUAUGGCCACACUGAAAGAAGGAAAAAAAAAACUGAAAUUGUAGAAUUGCAACAAAUUUGAAAUGUUGCCAGAAGAAAACCUGUGGAGAAUUUUUUUUGAGGGGAGGAAAAAAAAAUAUCAUUGGAUGAGGAUAUUGCCGUAAUAUUACCAUAGAGGGUUUUUUUUCCUCUUAAUGAAAGUGCAGUAACAGCAUUAUGUACUGUAUGUACACAAUUUGGCCCACACAAAAGUGAAUUCCAAAGAAGCAACAUGUGACUGGAAUAUUAUGAAUAUUGUGAAUUUUUAAAACACUUUUCUCGUAACAUUACAUUUUUUUUUCAUUCGACAUUCAUAACUUACUAUUCCACUUAAAAGGUCGUCCACCUUCAUUGUAACAUCACACCUUAGUUUCAGGAGUGAUAGAACUAUUUUCAGAAUAUCACGACUUCAUCUUCGUGAUAUCGUUACUUUACUGUUCACGUUGAAUAUUCGACAACUUUAUUCUUGUUGUUGCAACUUAAUUCAGGAGUCCAAGUUCAUUUUAAUAAGAGUACAGCAGGUACUCUAUUCUCUAAUUGUGAUGAUCAUGUUCUCAUAACAUUUCGACUUCGUGUAAUUUUACCCGUCCCCCUCCCCCAUCCCUCAAUUGUGGCCUAAAUAGUCCUUGUAUUGAUUGUUGGAGGUAAUGAGGAUCUUUUCCUCUUCCUGUAUGUCUGACAUAUGUGGGAAAGAUUAGUCCAGUAUUCAGUAGCACCGAAGGGUUCGAGUCAUGCGACAUGUCUCCCACCUCCCGCUUGCUGUAAUUUUGCAUCCACGAACACGUUACAGCCCUUAAACUUCCAUCUCCAAAAAUCCCCACUUCAAUAACAAAAAAAAAAAAAAAACACCAUAACGAUUGCCAAAAAAAGCAAAAUGAAACAAAACAGCAAGUGGAGCUACUCUUGUUUUAUGUGAGUGUAGCACAACGUGCUAACUGGGUUCAAGCAAAGAGAAUUAUUGAAAAGACUUAAAAAAAAAAAACAAA